AUGAUGCUUGGAAAGCUGUGGACAAAAAAAAAGACUGCUAUUUGGGAAACUGAGAAGAGGAGUCUGCAGGAUAUGAUCCAAGGUCAGCAAGAGUUGAUAAACAAGUGCAGGGAAAAAAUUGAUGCUUGGAAAGAGAAAGAGAUCUAUGGAGAAGAUUUAGGUGAGAAAAAUGAGAUGGAAUCUAAAAUAUCCCAGGAUAACACACCUGAAGAUGCUUAUGUAGAACCUGUGAAUUACUCAGCUAGUCAAGAUUCAGUGGAAUCUCUAGGCACAAAAUUAGGAAUUCACAAGAAGGAGGAGGGAGACAAGGAUAAAUAUAAAGAGGGACCUGCUAGAAGAAGUGAUAGAAACCUGGAUAAAAAAGAUGCUAAAAUAGAAGACCUGGCCAAGGAAAGGGCGGCUGAAAAAGACAAUUAUGAAAAGGUGCCCAGGGGAAAGAAUGUUGAUGCUGGGAGAAAAACUCAUCAUGCAAGUAGCAAGUGAUGUCUACAAGGCUGGCAUUUUGGAGUACUUCGAAUCUAGCAAUGACGGGGAUAAAAAAAGACUUCUACUUUUGGUGCUUCGACGAAGUGAAGUGAAGUGGAAGAUCUGUGUAUGAGGCUAAUCUUUUGUGCCUACCUUUGUUGUUGUGUUAUCUUAUGUAGUUUCCUGUUUUGGCCUUGUUAUGAUGUGAGACUUCUCUGAAAUGUAAUAGGGCUAGAUCUUAUCCGCAGUGAUUUCGACAACAUGUU